AAAAACAAAAACAAGGAACAGCUGAUCGCAUCAACUUCGCCGGUUAAGGACGAUUAGGAGCAAAAUAUAUACGUCCGCAGUAAGAAGUCAGUUUAUACCCAAAUUAUGUCGCAAGUUCUUGAAAUAGAUGGUAGCUACUUGGAAGGAGGAGGUCAAAUUCUGCGUAAUGCGCUCAGCUUGAGCUGUAUUCUUCAUCGGGCUAUACGAGUUGUAAACAUACGUGCCAACCGACCUAACCCAGGUCUUUCCAAUCAACAUUUAUUUGGUUUGAAUCUUUUGCAAAAUAUCACUGGAGCUCGGGUGCAUGGUAACCAUAUGAAGUCAACUGCAGUUGAAUUCCAUCCAGGAGCUAUCAAGUCGGGGCAAUACACGGUGGAUACACGAACUGCUGCUUCUGUGGCUCUAGUACUGCAAGCUGCAUUACCAGUCUUGAUAUUUGGUCGCAACACAUCCGAACUAGAGCUAAUAGGGGGCACAAAUGUAGGCAUGGCGCCACAAGUGGAUAGUAUGACCGAAGUUUUACGUCCAAAUUUGGAGCUGUUUGGAGUUUCGUUUGAUUUCGAUCUCCUUCGGCGUGGGUAUUAUCCGCGCGGCGGUGGGCAUUGCAAAGUAGUAAUUCCAUCUGUACGCAACAUAAAAGCGGUUAACUUAACGCAAUUCGGAACUGUAAAUGAAGUAUGUGGGUGGUGUUUUGUCGCAGGCAAGUUACCACUUCGUGUAGCAGAGGAUAUGAAAAACGCUGCAGAGAAAGAACUGAUUAGUGUUUGUCCCAUUCAGCCCCAAUUGGAGUCUUAUAAGGAAAGUUCAGAAGUAGCACGUGACAAUGGUUCUGGUGUUAUAUUGAAGGCUGUUACUACGGAAGGAUGUACACUUGGGUCAUCUGCGCUGGGUGAGCGGCAAGUAGAUGGUUAUGCUUUGGGCAAGACAGCAGGCGAAGAAAUGGCGAGUUACUUAAGAGAUGGUGUAUGUGUAGAUUGCCAUGUGCAGGACCAACUUGUUAUAUUUAUGGCGCUUGCAUCUGGUACUUCAAAAAUCCGUACAACUGCACUUACUCAACACACGCGUACAGCGAUACAUGUGGCGCAGUUAAUGACUGGAGCCAAAUUCUACACUGAAGAAGUGGGUACUAGUGGACAUAUUAUUUUAUGUUGUGAUGGCGUUGGUUAUCAAAAUGAACAAAAAUAAGAUAAGUUUAUUAUAUAGUAUGAAUUAAAACUCAAAAUAAUUGAAA